CGUUGAUAACAUUUGCUGCGGAACUGACAAGAUGUCAGCGGCCAUGAAACUGUCAAUUUCUCCAGGCCGUGUCAAUUUUCUUGUCAUUUCUCUUUUAGUAACCCUACAUUUGUCGUUGACAACGGCAUCUAUCCAGAGAUACUUCGGAUCUAAAACAGCAUACGAACUCAUUCACCCGCCCCCCGAAAUUGUUAUCGAAGACGAGUUCAAUUCCGUCCAAGUUGGGACGUUUUCAUGCUUGGCUGCCCAUUCAAGCGCUGUCAUGCGACAUGGUGCCAGGUACCCAGGCCUUGAGGAUGUAGAAACCAUAUCGAAAAUUCAUAAUGAAAUUAAGGAUAAAUUAACUAUUGACAAAUUUCAAGAACUGAAAGAGUGGACGAAUUCUUUUCCGCGUAAUGAUGACAAAAUAUUAAUGGCUUUAGGGGAGGAUGAACAUAUUCAUUUAGGUCAAAGAACUGCUAGGCGGUUAAGAUCAUUAUUUGUUGAUGAAGAUAUGGAAAAUUUUAGAUUUCUAGUGUCAAGCAAACAGCGAACUCAGGAAAGUGGAAAUGCUUACUAUGAAGGAUUUCUACAGGCUUUGGUGGGAGACACUGAGGAAGGAGAUAUGGAUUCAGAAUUAAGUGAUGAAACUUUGAGGUUUCAUGAAAGGUGUCAAAAGUACAUUCGCACGGUAGACAAGAAUAAAACUGCUAUCAAGGAAUUUUUUAAGUUUCGUUCAGGGAAAGAAAUGACCAACAUUUUGAAGAAAGUCAGCUCCAAAUUGGGAAUUCCAGAAAAUCUCCUCAAAACAGAAAAUUUGCGGACAAUGUACCUUGUGUGUGGUUAUGAAACAGCCCUGUACCAGUCGUCACCAUGGUGCAGUCUGUUUGAUGAGGAGGACUUCAAGGUGCUUGAGUACCUGUCUGAUUUAAAGCACUACUAUAAGAAUGGUCCAGGACACAAGAUCACAGGCGUCCAGAGCUGUCCAUUGGUCACUGAUAUCUUCACCACCAUGGACGAUGCUAUUGAAGCCAUGGAAACGGAAGUGGAUGAGGAGGAUUUGAACGGGUAUAUACUUGGGAACUUCUACUUCGGCCAUGCCGAAACUAUAGGCCCCCUGUACACUGCUCUUGGGCUGUUCAACGACACGCUACCUCCCACAGCAGACAACUACGAGCAGCAAAGCAGUCGCCUCUUUCGGACCAGUGAAAUCCUGCCCUUCUCAGCCAAUUUAAUGCUGAUUCUCUAUGAAUGUGACCAGAAUGAUGAGCUGCUUACUGAAAGUGAGGCUGCGGAUGAAACAAGGGAGACAAGUCAGUACAUGCUACGACUGUACGUCAACGAAAAACUAAUGAAAAUUCCUGGCUGUGAAGACUUUACGUGUCUCUACAGUCAUGUUAGAAAGCGAUUUGUAGAUCUCAUUUCCUGUAAUUUCAGUCAAGUUUGUGACUACAAUGACCGACCAAGAGAUGAACUGUGAUUCUUUGCCAUGUUGUUCAUACAUGUAUUUCAUCACCUUCAAAUCUCAAGUGCUGAAAUUGUCUCUUCAUAUGUCAUGUGCUUCCCUUCAUUGUCUUAUCUAUUGCUUUCUGAAGUGUUGUAACUGGUUUUUUAAAAGUAACAUGAGUCAGCUUACAUAAACUGUACAUAGUUCUGAUUAAAAUGUAUUUUUAUGUA